AUGGCGAUGACACGGGGCCGAAUGAAGCCAGCCAAGCCCCACGCUGCCCCAAUCUCAGACCAGCAGCCGUCGAGGAGGAAAGGGUGCUCCAUGUGUACCAAACGUCGGAUUCGAUGUGAUUUGUCCGCACCCUCCUGUAAGAAAUGUAUUAAAAAGGGCCUUGCUUGCCCGGGAUAUGAUUCACGGAUCAGAUGGGUUGGUGGUGCUGCGAUACGUGGCCAUCUAAAAGGCCUCGGAGAAUCUGGUCAAGUUGAGGACACUCAGCCACCACCGCCAACCAAUGUCGAAAUUGCCCGCAUUAGGUCCCUCGGCGGAUACUCCUUGGAGGAUUUGGUGGAAUACUACGAUAAAAAUGUAGCCAAGAUCAUGGUGUGGCUGGACGGCGACGACAAUGUGUAUCGACGCCAUGUGCUGCCCCUGGCCCAUACCAACCCUGUUGUGCGUCUCGCUGUCGCCGCCAUUUCCGCCCAGCAUGCAGCAUUCUCACGAGGCGAUCCCGACGUCCCGGAAGAUGCACGGAAUGAAGCUGUGGCCAUGAUCUCUCGGUAUAUCCAUGAUGUUACCUGCCAAAUAGCCACCGGGGGUAGUAGACUCGUGAAAGAGAGUCUUGGCGAGGAUGCUGCAGACUGGAUCUUGGCGUCAAUGCUCGUUCUUUCGUGUUAUGAAAUGUUCCAUUCCGGUGCAGCAGCAGCCGAGUUCCAUCGUACUGCAGCGAAGUCCUUCGUCAAUACCUUGUCAACCACAGAAUGGCGCCAAAGCACGUUGUUCCUGUCACUUAGAAAUAAGCUGUCCACGUAUGAUGUCUUUGCAUGCACAACAUCAUUUGAUAUAUCAAGCAUUCGCAAUGCAGUGCUCCCGGACCUUGAAAGCGCAAGGAUACUCCGAAAUGAGACGGUUCUCUUCUUGGAAUACCUGGUGUUGUUGCAUGAGGUGACUCUGAUAUCUCGUCAGCCGACACCUCUCCCUCCUCCUCCGAAACAGCAGCGCAUUCGAGACUGGAAAGAAGAAUUUGAAUUAGCCAAAGGCGCUACUUUGAUGGCUGCUGGUAGGCUAAAUAUUUACAAUGCCUCUCAGACGCGUGACCUCAUCCGGCUGGUUGACAUUCAUCAUCACGCUGGCCUGCUUUAUGUGGCGGCAUGUUUUGGUCAAAGCCUCGAUUACGAUGAGAUGUCCAAGACAGCCUUUCGGGACUUGACAGCCCAGAUAAUAGCCCUAGAGAACAUCAAUCAAUGCAUCCACAACCUGCCCUGGCCUCUCUUUAUUUUAGGUGUGGAGAGCCAUGGCCAUCCGGAGAACCGGAAGCUCGUCUCCAAGUUGUACAGGACAAUGCCGGAAAUUACGGGCUGCAAGCAAUACUAUGACGUCCUGGAGUUUCUGCAUGAGUUCUGGUCGGGAAGCGAUAUUGAAUGGCAACCAUUGGCUCGAAGGCGGGAAUUGCGUGGAAACCGGAUUCUUGCGUUUUAA